AUGGCGCGCCGACAGAUUUCCACGGUCGACGCAAGAUCCGGCCCCCGGCCCAGCCUGCGGUCCACGGCCAGGGUGACGGUGCGGGCGGAGGCCGGCACCAAUGGGUCUGCUGCCGACCAUGGGGUGCCCAUCACCAAGGUGCUCAUCGCCAACCGGGGGGAGAUUGCGGUGCGCGUCAUCAGGGCCUGCCGCGAGAUGGGGAUCAAGAGCGUCGCCGUCUACUCUGUGGCCGACAAGGACUGCCUGCACGUGCAGCUCGCUGACGAGGCCGUGUGCAUUGGGGAGGCUUCCAGCUCCGAGUCCUACCUCAACAUCCCCACCAUCAUCGCGGCGGCCGUCAGCCGCGGCGCCGACGCCAUCCACCCCGGCUACGGCUUCCUGUCUGAGAACGCGUCGUUCGUGGACAUCUGCAAGGACCACGGCAUCGAGUUCAUCGGACCGCGCUCGGAGCACAUCCGCGUGAUGGGGGACAAGGCCACGGCGCGCGAGACGAUGAAGAACGCGGGCGUGCCCACUGUCCCUGGCUCCGACGGCCUGGUCAACUCGCCAGAGGAGGCGGUGGAGGUGGCCGACGCCGUCGGCUUCCCCAUCAUGAUCAAGGCCACGGCGGGGGGUGGCGGGCGCGGCAUGCGCCUUGCAAUGACGCGCGAGGAGUUCCUGCCCCUCCUCCGCGCCGCGCAGGGCGAGGCGGAGGCCGCCUUUGGCAACGGCGCGGUGUACCUGGAGCGGUAUGUCAAGGAUCCGCGCCACAUCGAGUUCCAGGUGCUGGCCGACAAGCACGGGAACGUGGUGCACCUGGGGGAGCGCGACUGCUCCAUCCAGCGCCGCAACCAGAAGCUGCUGGAGGAGGCGCCGAGCCCCGUGCUCACGCCGGAGGUUCGGGAGGCCAUGGGCGCCGCGGCCACCGCCGCCGCCAGGAGCAUCGGCUACAUCGGCGUGGGCACUAUCGAGUUCCUGUGGGAGCCCGCGGGCUUCUACUUUAUGGAAAUGAACACCCGCAUCCAGGUGGAGCACCCUGUGACGGAGAUGAUCACGGGCGUGGACUUGAUCCAGGAGCAGAUCCGGGCGGCCAUGGGCGAGCCCCUGCGCCUGGGCCAGGAGGACAUCAAGAUCAAGGGCCACUCCAUUGAAUGCCGCAUUAACGCCGAGGACCCCUUCAAGAACUUCAGGCCGGGGCCAGGCCGUGUGACCGCGUACCUGCCGCCCGGUGGGCCCAACGUGCGCAUGGACAGCCACCUAUACUCCGACUACCUGGUGCCCUCCAACUACGACUCGCUGCUGGGCAAGCUGGUAGUGUGGGGCGAGGACCGGACCGCCGCCAUCAACCGCAUGAAGCGCGCGCUGACGGAGAUGGUGAUCGCGGGCGUGCCCACCACCGCGCCCUACCACCUGCUCAUCCUCGACAAUGAGUACUUCAAGGCGGGCGAUGUCGACACCGGGUUCAUCGCCAAGCAUGGCGACGAGCUGGUCCUCCCCGCCGAGCCGGCCAGGAAGAAGGUCAACGUGGUGGAGGCCGCGGCCAAGCGCGCGUCGGCGCGGCGGUCAAAGGUCACCGCUUGA